AUGGUCACAUUAAAGAAGGCAGUCCAAUGUGCUGUUAUAUCAUCACUCAUUGCCCCCGCAUUGGGUCUCUCAUUUGUACCACUGGUUAACAAACUUGCUUCUAAGGUGGUCAAAGUAUUCGAAAUCGACGAACCAAAAGUCCAUGAAUGGACCGCUGCUGCCUUCCCUGGGAACGAUAAGGAUGAAAAGCCAGUUCCCGGUGGAUCUCCUAUCAUGAAUUGUGAUGCUAGUGUGUCUCAAUUGUUAUCUUUACAUAGUGUAGUUAUUUCCCCCAACCCACCAGAAAGAGGUCAAAACUUGACUUUUAUUGCUAAGGGGUACUUGGAUAAACCCAUUUUGGAUGGUGCCUAUGUUGAGGUCGACGUUAAGUAUGGGUUCAUCAAGUUGAUCCAUCAAACGUUCGACUUGUGUGAAGAGAUCACCAAGGUAGACUUGAGUUGUCCUGUGGCUGAUGGCGAACAGGUGAUUGUCAAGGAAGUUGAGGUUCCACAGGAGGUUCCUCCAGGUCAAUAUAUUGUUAAUGCUAGAGCUUAUACUAAGGAUGAUGAAUUCAUUACUUGUUUGAGUGCUGUUGUUGAUUUCCCAGCUGCGUAA